AUGGAGGAGCUGGACCCGGAGGAGCAGUUCCUCAGGGAUUCUAGGAACGGCAACCUAGAAGGAAUCCAAAAGCUUUUGAUGUCCAAGAUAAAGGAGGAGGCCAAAAUCGACAUCAACUGCAAGGGCAAGAGCAAAUCUAAUCAUGGAUGGACUCCUCUUCAUCUGGCCUGCUACUUUGGACACAGAGAUGUUGUUGAGGCCUUACUGAAGGCUGGAGCAGAUGUUAAUUUGCCAAAUAAUGUCGGAGACACACCUCUCCAUAAAGCAGCAUUCACUGGGAGAAAAGAGGUUGUAAUGUUGCUUCUUCAGUACGACGCUUGCGCUUCUGUCAUCAAUGGCAUGGCCCAGAUACCUAAAGACAUUACCCAGAGUGCUGAGAUUAAAAGCAUGUUGGAGGCUGCUGAGAGGACUGAAGAGAGGAAACUAGAGGAGCAGCUGCUGGAGGCGGCGCGGGAAGGAGCCAUAUCUACCCUCACAAGACUGCUAAACAUGAAGAAACCCCCAAACAUAAGCUGCACAGACUUGUUGGGCAACACGCCGCUGCACUGCACCGCUUACAGAGGCCAGAAACAGUGCGCCGUCAAACUCCUGCAACACAAGGCCAACCCCAACAUCAAGAACAAAAUCGAUCAGACUGUUUUUGAUUUGGCGAACGAUGCAGAAAUGAAGCAGAUCAUUACAGGAAAUGUUAUGAAAGGUAUGACGCGACAUGUUAAAAUGUUCGAGGGGCCUCUUUGGAAGAGCUCAAGGUUUUUUGGCUGGCGCUCCUACUGGGUAGUUCUUCUGGAUGGAGUCUUGUCAUGGUACCCUAAACGGUCAGAUGCAGAUUCAAACACUCACCGGCAAGGUUGCAAACCGCUAACACAAGCGCAGAGCUUGAUUAAAGCGAAAGAUAACUGCUAUUUCACAGUCAGGUGCUUUGAUGACACUGUUCACCAUUUCAAAGUGUCACAGAAGAACGACCCCGAAUCCACCAGAAAAAGGUGGCUGGAGGCCAUAGAGGAGCAUUCAGCCUUCAGCACUCAUUACUGCUCACAAGACCCAGACAGCGAGGAAGAGGAAGACAACGUUGUGUCUGUACAUGAGCUUUCUGACUCACUUCAGCUGUUAAUCAUGUGA